AUGGUUGUUUCGUGGACGACCGCGGCCGCAAUGGAAAGCUUGGAGUUGGUCUUUGAGCUUUUGGGCGAUGGGUCCCAGUCAGACUUAGAUAUAUCAGACGAGGAAGCCCAGCCCGGAAUCGAAGUUCGUCGAUUAUUGGAUAAAGAUAUACCUGAUCAGGAAUUACCAAAUGCUGAAAAUGAGUCUGAUCCAGAAAUUGAUGUACCUAUGGCUCAAAUUGCACGAAAUAAUCGCGAGAAUAUCCCGCCUAGUAGUUCUAAUACGGCCAGAAACAUCCGCGAAAAACAACGGCCAAGACUGUGGAGAAGAACUGAAUUUAAUGACAAAACUCAUGAGUACAGAGUAAUAGUGUUCUGUGCCUCCCAGUCACCACGCAGCCGUCAUAGAAAACGCACGUCGCACAUCCUGAUUGAUUUAAAAAAAAGUGAAGAAAAAGAGUGUUACCGUGGUUUUUGUCAGAAAAAAUUGUCUUUAUUGUGGGUCUACUUCCUCAACAAAAAUAUAGACAUGCCACGACGUAAAAAGCCAGUAAAUAGAGAAGAAAUGUUAAUCUGA